AUGACCUCUCGGGGGAAAGGUCAGUCAUCAAAGGGCGUCUCGAACCCUGGCCUGAAGGUUAUCCCGGACCUGAAGAAGAAGAGGCCGGUGGACACGCCUGAGGAAGGCGAGGUGGCUGUCCAGCCGACCAAGCAGCAGAAAACCACACGGGUGCCAAGGAGCAGAAGGGGCACCUCUUCGGACAGCAGGGAUGAGGGGAACCUUGCUGAAGUGCGCACUUCCCCUCGUCCAUGGGACCCAAAGUUGGAGCUGGAUGGGCUCGCCAUUCCUUACACUGCUUCAGUCCGAGAGUAUAAUCGUGGCCGGGCAGGGUACGUGGCGGAGGCCUUAGAGCAGCCCCUACUUCUUCCUCGGGACAUGGAGGCCUACAGGCGGUGCACUCAGUCCGAGCUCUUCCUAUCCCUUAAAAGGGAUCUCGCGCUGAUUACUCAGCAGGUCUUCGUGGCUGAGGAGUUUUGCCGUAAUAGCCGCAAUCUGGCUGAGGCUGAGACCCAGGCUCGGACAGAGGUGGAGAAAGCCUUGGGGUCCCUCAAGCAUGAUCACACUAAACUCACGGCUGAGUUCAAGGAUUCGGAGAACCGACGUAAAAGUGCAGAGGCUGGCUUGAAGAGUGCCGAGGAUCAGGCGGAGGACCAGCGCAAACAACUGUACACGGCUCAGCUUGACCUUAACACCGAGAGGCAGGCAGUGCAGGACCUCAAAACUGCCCUGCAAAAGGUGGAGGACGAGCUGAGGCUGGCAAGGGAGGAGGCCCAGCUGAUCCGAGAGGCCACAGAGGCUGAGAAGAAUGCUGCUCGCCAGCUCGGGGCCGAAGAGACUGAGGCCAGGCUGUCCGAGGAGAUCCCUGAGGUAUGCAGGGAGUACUGCGACAUUUCAUGGGCCCAUGCUCUCGACGCUGCAGGAGUUCCUGCGGAUUCGGCACUAAGAUUGCCCGAGAGCAUCUUCUAUCCUCCGGAGAUCCGAGCUAGACCUGAUGAAGCUCAAGUCGCUUCGGAGCAAGACCUGGCGGUGCCUGAUGCCGUCCUUGUGCCUGAUGUGGCUAAGGAUCCCGCCACAGACUCUACCAUUGAGGUUCCUCCUCCUCAGCCCGAGCAGAAAGAAGAUUCUCCCGCUAAGGCUUAG